GCUUGGCUGAGCGUAGUUAUAGACGAGAUGACGACUGCAGCUAGACCUACAUGGGCACCUGCUAAGGGCGGUAGCGAACAGGGCGGGACUCGGAUUUUCGGCCCAUCUCAGAAAUACUCUUCUAGAGAUAUUGCAUCGCAUACAACCUUGAAGCCCAGAAGGGAAGGCCAAGACACUCAGGAUGAGUUGCAGAAGAGGAACCUCCGUAAGGAACUGGAACAGCGUGAAUCAAGGCACUUCUCUUCAAAAAAUAAUGGUUAUAGUGAUGACAGGGAUCAUAGAAAGAGUAGCCAACUCCUUUUAGAAGGUUCUAAAAGAGAGAUUGAAGAUCGAAUUGUUCCACCUGGUGCCAAAAGUGAUGAUGAGAGUGAGGAUGAUGAUAAUGAGGAUGACAUGGAAGCUCUCAUGGCUGAGCUUGAUCAAAUAAGGAAAGAAAGAGCAGAGGAGAAAAGGCAAGAACAAGAAGUAGAGCUCAAAGCAAAGGAAGGAGUACUCUUGAGAGGAAAUCCGCUGUUAAACCAGCCAACAUCCUUUAAUGUGAAGAGAAGGUGGGAUGAUGAUGUGGUUUUCAAGAACCAGGCUAGAGGAGAAGCAAAAGUUGCCAAGCGUUUUAUCAAUGACACCAUUCGAAAUGACUUCCAUAGGAAAUUUCUGCAUAAAUAUAUGAAGUGACGAGCCUGUACCAUUAACUAGUGAGAAAUGAAUGGGAUGAAUUGACCUUGUGGGCAGACUAUUUUACAAUUCCUUGUCUAAUAUUGCUGUGUGGUAAAAGAUUAAUGUGGUGUUGGGUAUUCUAUAAUUAUAGAGCUUCAUUAUGUUGGUCAUCAACCUUGAAAACAUUAUCACAAGUGUAGUGGUGAUUUGAAACAGGCUAUUUAUUGUCGG